GUGAGUGUUCGGGUUUCGAGCAUCGGGUAGAUGAAGCCGUUAAAAGGAAAUGAAAAGCCUUUCGGGGAGAGCAGAGGGUUCUGCGGGGGUUUUAGGCAGAAGAGACGUGAGCAUUGGGCGAGAGAGACGAUACCAAAAGGUUAGGGUUCCGACGGCCUUUACGAAGAAGCAAAAGCAAGGAAAAGCGAAGAUUUGGGAAGGAGGAGGGCAAAAGAUGGCUGGUGUCAAGAAGAAUAGUGAGAUCCGGAAGGACAGCGCAAGGCAGUGCUCUCCCGGGAAAAAGCUCUCCUUCUCCUCCUCUUCUUCUUUUCCUUCUUGUUCCGACCCGUCUUCUUUCUUUAAGAUCAUGCUCGGUAAUUUCAGAGACUUCUUGCUCAUACCACCAAGAUUCGCUGAUAGAUUAGUUGGCUUAGUCAAUCAGAAUGUAUGUCUUGAAGAUCUUCAUGGAAGCUCUUCUAGUGUUAAAAUAUCUAUGGUUGAUGGUUCAUUGGCUUUUAAAGGAGGAUGGCGUGAUUUUGUGUUGGAUCAUUCCAUUGAUGUUGGGGAGUUUUUGGUGUUCAAGCAUGUCAGUAAAUCAUUGUUUUUUGUUCAAAUGUUUGGAAUCGAUGCUUGUGAAAGGGUACAAUUUGGCGAAAGAAACAGCAAACAAUUAUGCACAAAGAAGACUAUUAAGGCAGAUUUAUCUCUUGAAAGGUCUCAGCUGCAUAAAAGGCUCAAAACCUUUGAAGCAUCGAAAGAUGAAUAUUGUCCUGCUAAGAAAGAUCUGCAGAAGAUACAUGAUUCUUCUGUUAGAAUUGCAGAAGGUGAAUGUGUUGUUAAAGUUGUGGUAGAACCUGGUGGUGAACCUGAAAAAGCUCCUCAACAUCACCAUGAUCCUGGAAGUCCACAGAUUGCAGAGGUCAAGGACCUAACUGGACCACUGGUCAACAUGAUCAGUCGACAAGUUGUAGAGGAACCCCAAAAAGAAGCUUCUGUUGAACAAUUCAAAACUUGUGUUGGAGUUUCUGUUGAACGAUCCAAAACUGGGAUUCAUUUGGACAAUAUGUCGACAUUCCCAUUGGUUGAAAGAAACUUAUUGGAUCAUGAAGAUAGCCAUGGCAAAUCCCAAACUGCACCUACAGUUGCUUUCAGAAGUUCUGGGACCAACAAACGGAGUAUUUGCUGUUUGGGCUCCCCACUGCCACUAAAUGCAAAUGAGAAUUUUCUAGCAGGAGAACAGGAAGAAAACAUAAUCCAGAAGAUAGGUUUGAACGGACACCAGACUCCUGGAGUUAUGGGUGCAAACUUGGUUGCAUCUGAGGAGGUUGCUUGCAAAUUUCUUCUCACAGAGGAAGGCAUAUGCCACAUUGUCAAUGAAGAUCAGAAGAACGGAUGCGGUGCAGUUUCAGUAACCCCUGUUAGUUUAACUGCCACUGAAAUUGGUACUUGCAUAAGCUGCAAUUACAGUGACACCAUGUCUAAAGAUGCCUUCUCUCAUCUCGAAAGUGUUUGUGAAAAUGGUCAUGUGCCAGGCAAUGGUAUGCAUGCAUGCAGCAAGACCGUGCAUGCAUGUGAAGAUAAUGGUAAGUGUUUCCGAUGUUACUUUUGUAAAAAUACUUUGCUUGUAGGAAAUACCCCCAGCUUUUUAUCCAGAAAAGAAUUGUCUUCAUCGGUUGGAAGUGUCGCACGUAUACUACGGAAUGUGCUUGGUACAAACACUGCUGUGGGAAAUAAAUUCCAAUCUGUGCCUGAUACCGUUCCAGUAGAGGACAAGGAGGAGAAUGCUUUCUGCUUGAGAAGCCAAGAUCUUAAAGCCGUUAAGAUCGAAAACAUGGAUUUAGAUAACCUGUCUUCGGCAACUCUUUUCUGCUUCAGCUUAACCUUAUCAUCCAACACUAGGUGCUUGCUUGAGUUGCCCCAAAAGUUGCCAGUUAACAAUGGCAAGAAAAGACAAAAAGUGAUAAUUCUCCUGGAUCCAUCCCACAGAUCAUGGCCUGUCAUGUACCAUGAGAGCACGUGGUUUAUAGGCUUCACAAGUGGGUGGAAUGAAUUUGCUACAGUAAACAACCUUCAGCGGGGAAGUCUGUGCGAGUUCUUUGUGGUAGCUGGCAAGUUUGAGCCUACGUUUCAAGUUCAGAUGAGUCAACAUUAGAUAUCAAGAAGUUCAAGUAAAUUCUAGUACUUGCAUACAUGACCCCAUAUGUGUCCUGAACAUAUGGGUUGUUUAUACUAGCAUUUUGGUCAUAGUAUUUGUUAGUGUCUUAUGUUCACUCCUGUUUUGCUUACUCAACGGGUAUUUUGAAAAUGGAUUACACCACCCAGCACAAAAUGCAACAUUUCUGGCACACUCAAACGAAAUUACCAACCAAAUAUAUUUGGUUAUGUUUUGAUA